AUGAGUAAUUUGGGAUUUCUAAAAUUUUGCACAACACCAAACUACUCCAAGCAUCCUUUUCUUAAAAGUGUAGAUUCAAAGGUUCCUUUUUCAGGCCCUGAGUCUCAGCAAAACUGGGGAAACACUCUGAAAGACUCGAUAGUGCCAAGCAUUGUUGUUCAGUUAGAUAUUGGUGGUUACAGGUAUACUACGCUUUACCACACUUUGAUGGUCUCUAGGUAUUUUGAAAAGAUUCUCAGAAGGAUUCUCAAAAGACCUGAAAUAUGGGCAAAUGCAGAUUGGCUACUGGUGAAUCGAGACGGUGAAUUGUUUGGGUAUAUUCUGGAGUAUCUCAGAACGGCCGAUGCAAGCUCGUUGCCUUCCGAUUCAAAUAUACUUACGCGUCUUAAAGAAGAAGUCCACUUUUACAAGAUACCUUUCAUGGACAGCAUCAUUGAUGAAAAGAUACACAUACUAAACAGUCCACAAGAAGAAGCAAAAGAAAGAAUAUAUAAAAUACUUUAUGCAGAAGAGUACGAUCGCAUGAAAAGGACCAAAGGAUUCAAGAACAAUGAUGGCCAACUCGUAAGUGACAUUCUUUUGGAAUUUGAAGAGAUUGCAACAUUAAGCAUACAAGAGCCUUACUGGGUGUGCCCAAGGGGUAUCCGUAUGCACACAGCACCUACAAAAUGUAGUAGGACGUGUAAACGGGAGUUUGAGCCAGACUAUCAUGGAUGGCAUUUCAUACAGGUUAAAAAGACUGUUUUGGCAACACGUGAUGAAUAA